UACAGGCCUCUGUUAGGCAACACGCCAUGCUGCGUAUGUCAGGGGACAGACAAACAGAUCAACAACAGCUCUUUGAUCUUUGGGCGUUGCGGAACGAGCUCCCUGAGACAGUCAGACGCUACAAGGCGUACACUGAUCAGUUUGAACAGUGGCUCAUAAAGACGGCGAUUCAGCGCGAGGUCGAGGUCGCAGAGAUAAUCAACACAAAAGCGCAGAAGAACAAGGGCAAGAAGGGCUACAGGCUGGCGAUUGGACAGCAGAAGCAGCUCGUCGAGGCGAUCGCGUCUACCAAUACUCCCCUCAAUGACACGUCUGGCUUGCUUGACCUCAGUGACGCCAUUCGCUCGCGCAAAGAAGUGGCCGAGUACCAUCGCUUCCAGAACUCCGAAGACGAUGGGCAUGCAUACUUUAACUUGAACCUCGAGGGAUUCAUGACAUCCCUGAGUCGCCUUGUUGUCCCCAAGAUGUUCAGAAGCGAAGAGCCCAAAGAAAAGAGUCCAGUCACCUACCUUCUUCGUUUCGGAGGUCCAGAUACUGUUGCCGAGGAACAGAACGAGCGACUCAAGAAGAUGCGCGAGGAAGAAGAUGAGGAUGUCGAGGUCGAGGACGAUAGUCAGCCACGUCCGGUUCCGGUACCGCCGAAGAAGAAGAACCCCGACGAACAACCUAUGACUGAAGCCGAAACGCUACUGCAGACAGAGCAUACACUCAUUUGCUUUCUCUACAACUAUAAUCGCCUCCGCCUCGUCGUUCGAGAUACUUGGGAUGCAUACCAUAACGGCGAGAUCACUGCAGUCACCGCAGGACUGGUGACGGACCUUGUACAGAGUCACCUCCACCAGGACGUAAACGCUAUUACCGAGGAGCUGGAAUUGCGACCAGGAGAGCUACCCAUCCUCUUGCAUACACUGCAGAAGAAGUUAAACACUCCUCAUGACCAUCCCGCCCAAGCUGCAGACGGCAUAGUUGAAGUACACCACGUACGCUAUCUCUUCGCGUAUGAAGGUACAUAUCUCUUCUUAAGGUACCACCGCAAGGACGCGCCACCAGGGCCUUUAGAUGCAGAAGGCAAACCCCACAAGCAUUGGGCUUCGAACUGGAUACAUUUCUAUGACUUGAUCAGGAAGAGUGAGCUUAAGCUGCCGAAAUGGGAUCACUUUACUGAGGAGAUACUAAUGCACCCGUCUCCCUCCCGCAGCUACCUCCCUCUUGGACUACAAAUCAUCCUCGACGUCAUAGAUAUCACAAAUCCAGAUAGCCGUAAGCUGUUGUUCGACUUGAGGGAACACGGUCUGGAAGUCUCCAACUGCAUCCGCCUCCACAUAGAGUUUGAGGACCGCAUGUGGGCGAAUGAUAACAAGCCAGACUACUUCACCAGUGAGGAAGUCAAGUUCAGUAACACAUACUUGGCAACGGCCACCCAUCUACUCGAAUGGGUGCAGGAACUGAUCAAGUCGAAAACAGGGCCGGACGGAGAGCAAAUAAUGACCGCAGGUGUUUUUGUUACACUCCAUGCUACGCUCGCGGGUAUGUCAAUGUGGCAUUUCAAUGUCUCCUACCAAGGUGCGGCCAUCGUGAAGACCCAGUGGUUCGUCAAUGCACUUGCCCACCUAUACAAUGCCGCGCGCCAGAUUGGUGGCCUAGACUUAGAAUGGCCUGACCUCGAGUUCCUUAUCAAGACACAGGGAGAGAAGCGUAUCUUCCAAGGCGAUCGUCCUACAAGCCCCGACGACUUCUUCAGCCGGUUUCUUUUAUCCUCUACCGCUGUCUCAAGUCGUGCCUUUGCCUCCGAUUACCGCCAUGGCAAUACCAAAAGCCAGCAUAUGCCGAACAUGUCUUCAAGCGCGCAGAAGAAUCACGGCUUCAUACCAGAUCUACCACUAGAGAUGAAGAUCCGCGAAUUCUACACCACAAAUUCCACAGACGAGAACCGAUGGAUCCGGCGCCAUGCUGUCUUCAACUAUCUACACACCAAACGUGAAGAGAGUACUCCUGUAGCAGACAGCAAGGAAGUACUUACCCGUCUCGAAGAUCUCCGCAAAGCCUUUAAAUCCUUCACCACAAAGAUAUCUCCCCCAAAGCCCAAGAAGAGAAAGGGAAAGAAAUCCAAGCCCAAGGUCAACAAACCCGACUUUUGGUCCCAAGACGAGACCCACGCUGACCUCCUCACCACCAUGCGCACCGAACUCGCCGCAAACGAAGUCCACAACAACUUCGAUUACCUCUCCUUCUACCGCCGCGCCUUCACCCUUGUCAUGGCGAUUCGAGAGAAGGUGCUGCUUGGUGACCGUCUCCGCAGUCUACACGCCACACAUGUAGACGAGGAGAAGGAACCAAGCAACUUCACGCUCAUCUGUGAGCUCUUCCGCGAAAUGCGGAUAGGCGAGAAGACGAGGGCAGAGAAGGAGGACGAGGAAAAGGGGCUGGGCACACAACUCUCGACCAAGGUGGUGCCUGUAGGGCAGCUGGGCGCCGUCACGGAUAUGAUCCGUGACCUCAUCGGCCGGGAGGGCGGUGAAGAGCUCAAGCGCGCUCAGCUGCGGCGGGACCGUGACUGGGAGGGCCUCAAGGCCGCGUAUGCGGCCGAGGAGGAGAAGGAAGCGGCAGUUGGCGGAGACGUGGUGCUGGCGGCUGAGUAG